AUGUCUUAUGAUUCCGAAAGCCUAAACUACAUGUAUGAUGAAAGCCUGGAGGAAGCACAGUUUCCUGAAACUUCUGAAGAUUUCUCUCUCUCCUCCUUGUUCUCUGGUCUGCUAAAAGAGGUUCCUGUUGUUGAUACAUCCACUGGCAUUGCAGUCACCUCAUCAGGCAAACCAGAUGAGGGCAUCAGAAGUCAAGAGGAGAAAAGUUUAAAGGCCAUGGCGCCCAUGCCAGGCACUGAUAAUGUGCUUAGAGAGGCUCUAGAUGAGAAGGUGACUAUGCUGAUACAAUUGUUACACAAGUAUCAAAUGAAGGAAGUUAUCACCAAGGAAGAGACACUGGAGAUGGUGAUUGGAGAGUAUAAAGAUCACUUUUUUGAAAUCUUCCAUAUGGCUUCUGAGCGCAUAGCUCUGGUCUUUGGACUUGAUGUGUGGGAAGUGGCUCAAGGCUACACUCUUCUCAAUAAACUGGGUCUCAGCUAUGAUGGGCUGCAAAGUGGUAAUGAAGGCAUACCCAAGACCAGCUUCCUGAUUUUUGUCUUGGGAGGGAUCUUCAUGAAGGGCAACCAUGCCACUGAAGAUAACUGGAAAGCACUGAAUAGGAUGGACAUACAUGCUGGUCAGAAUCAUUUCCUCUAUGGGGAAACCAAGAAGUUAAUAAUGAAAGAUUUGGUGUCAGAAAAGUAUCUAGACUGCAAAAAGGUGCACUCAGUGAUCCUCCUCGUGAUGAAUUCUGGUGGGGUCCAAGAGCCCAUGCUGAGAUUAAUAAGGUUAAAUUCUCAGAGGUUUUGGCUAAGAUGCUGA